AUGGACCGUAACCAGGAGGUAGACAUGGAAAGGUUAUUUCUGGACGAGCGUCAAAGCAAAGUUGUGUAUGAGGCAAACAUUGGAGCUGGUCUCUGUUGUCUCUUCGCCGAGCGCCUGAAGUCCGCCAAAGGAGUUCAUUACGACCAUCCAGAUGCCCUGGCCUGUCACGUGGAACUUGAACGCCAUGUUGAUGGAGGCUCUCAUCAUGGUGGGGCAUAUUGA